AUGCCACCAAAUAACAAGCCCCAGAACAAUGACGACGACGAAGAAGAAGACUACAUGUCAAUGAUAAUCCAAGAACCCCCAACCCAACAACGCGAAACACUCACGCAGCGCAAGCUCCGGAAACAGCGCGAGUCAGAAGCAAAAGCACGCAUCCCCUCCAAAGCCGAACGGGCCGCUGCCGAAGCCGCGCGACGCGAAAAUGCGCUCAAUGAGAGUGUGCUACAUCCCUCGAAUAAGGGGUUUCAGAUGAUGGCCAAGUUGGGAUUCAAAGCGGGGGAUAGGUUGGGGAGGAGGUCGCCCCCCCCCGCGCCACCACCACCUCUUCCUCUUACAGCUGAAGGAAAUGGGGAAGAGCAAACCCCACCUGAGACGACCGCAAACGAAAAAAACGAAAAAACGGCCUGGAUCCAAUCUCGCGCCGAACCCUUACGGCUAAUCAUAAAAGAGGACCGCGGUGGCAUCGGGCUUGACCGAGAGAAAAAACGCAAAUUCCGCCAGGAGACGGAUCACGUCAGCAAAAAGGCGAAAGCGGAGGAAGGCGAGUAUCGGGAUCGGAUGCGCGCUGAAAGAGAGGAGAGACGGUGCGAAGGGUUGGUGGUGGGCGCGCAGAAGGUUUUGGAGAAAUUAGAGGCCGAUCAUGACCAGGCCGAACAAGAGCAGGAGAAGAAAGUGAAAGGCAGGAAAGAAAAGCCGUUGAAAGAGGUGAAUGUGUUGUAUAGAGGACUUUUGCGCGAGAGGCUGGAACGCGAAAGGGAGAAAUUGGCUCGGAUGGUGUUCGAGGAUUCGUUGUCGAAUAUGUCAGAGACACGGUCGCAUUUUCCGAAGCCGAGGUUACCGAAAUUCAACUCCGAGGAUGAUGGCGACGAGCCGCAUGCGAUACAGCAAGAUGCGAAAGAGGGGGAGGGCAUUGCGUUCGUGGAGCAGAGUCUUGAUUCAGACGAAGAGGCCGAAGAAGAUGUAGAGCUGAAUGAGUUCGAUGCAUUGCCCAGCUCGGAGAAGUUGUCGAGACUGGUUAUGUAUAUGCGAGAAAAGUACUGGUAUUGUUUCUGGUGCAAGUAUCGGUAUGACUCUGCGGAGAUGGAGGGUUGCCCUGGUGUUACGGAGGAGGAUCAUGAUUGA